UUUAUCUAUAUAAACUGGAGACAAGAUGGUUGGACUCUGAACAGCAGAGAAGGGAGGAAGGACUCUCACCAGCACAGGAGCUAGACCUGUAGGUGGCCGCUAGAUCGGGCCCUAAAGCCAAACCUCAUUCUUACUUAACCUUUGCCUAGAAAUCUGCGGGAAAGGUUUUGGCAUCACUCUGGACUACGGCUAAAAAUCCUAUCAGAAUAAAUUGUUUUAGGCACAUGAUUUAAACCAAUUUAGAUAUUAUAGAUUAGAUAACAAUAGGCUUUAAAAGAAUAGGCUCUUCUGCCCAACCCUCAGAAAGGAUUUUGAAGAGCAAGCGGCAAGAUAUAAGAGCACAGGAGGCCUGGCUGUGGAGCUUUGGACUGAUUUUUCUGGGAGCUAGAAGCACAGACACCACAGCUGUAAUAUCCCUUGUGGCCCACAGUGGGAAAUAUUGGGCAGCACUGAAACAUCUGGAGAUUCAGUUUAAGGAACUGGUGCCAAUUGACAAAAAGAUAGCUGUGGAUGUUGAAGGGACCCUGCUGCAAUCAAAGUAAUUUUUAAAUGGCAGGUCACUCUUCCUUGAAUGAAGAACAAGAACCAGAAACCCUGAAGAGGCAUGAGAGACAGCCCACUCAGAGGGACAAGCACGAGGAAGAUGAUGAUCUGAUAUUUGUUGGAAGGGAAUAUGUAAACGUAGAUUCUGAAAUCCUCUUUGUCAAGGUGAUUUCAAAUUCAAAACCAGUUAUUUCAAACAUUUUGAACAGAGUCACCCCAGGCUCAUAUUCAAAAAGAAAGAAAGGCUACCUCAGGCAAGACGCUGCUCAUGUGUCUCAACCUGGAAUUAAUGCAACCCCAGUGAGCAAAGCAAUGGCUGCCAUGCCAAGUUCUCAGUCUGAAUGGAGAUCAGCAGAUAGUCCCACUAGCGCUGAGUCUUCCUCCAGCCUGGCUUAUAAAAUGAGCUCACCACAAGUCAUUCCUCCUCAUGAUUCAAAGCAACUUUUCAUGGCUGAUGAUAAGAUCAGCAGAAAUCCCAAAAGAUCUAACCUCAGGAAUGAAAUCCCAAGUGACCAUUCUUCAGCCAUGACCCCUUCUGGUAACUCUCCUAAAAUGGACACAUGUACACCAUCACAAAGCUUGUCAAGCUAUGUUCAGAAUGGAACGUCUUUUCCUUGGACUCCUGCUAAUGAAAAGGCACCUUUUCCUGUCAGAUAUCCAGACCCACAAAAUAGCUCUGAAGCUCUGGUUAAAACAGGCUUAUCAAGUCUAACAGGUCAAAACAAGACCUUUGAUCCCAAGAAAAGAAGUCUGGUCCUGUUACUUAGUGACUUUUACUAUGGACAACAUAAAGGAAAUGGGCAGCUAGAACCGAAGACUCACUCAACCUUUAAAUGCCUCAGCUGCUGGAAAGUUCUGAAAAAUGUUAAGUUUAUGAACCACAUGAAACACCAUUUGGAACUUGAGAGGCAGAUGGGGGAUAGCUGGGAAAACCACACCACCUGCCAGCACUGCCACCGGCAGUUUCCAACUCCAUUCCAGCUGCAGUGUCACAUUGACAGGGUGCACACUACCCGGGAGCCCUCUGCUGUCUGUAAAAUCUGUGAGUUGUCAUUUGAAACAGAUCAAGAUCUCUUACAGCACAUGAAAGACAAUCAUAAGCCUGGGGAAAUGCCCUAUGCAUGCCAAGUUUGCAAUUAUAGAUCAUCAGCUUUUGCUGAUGUGGAAACACAUUUUAGAACGUGCCAUGAAAACACUAAGGAUUUGCUUUGUCUGUUUUGUCUUAAAAUUUUCAAAACUGCAAAUUCAUACAUGAACCAUUGUUGGAGACACUGGAACAAGAAAAGACUCUUCCCAUGUUCCAAGUGCCGGCUACAAUUUUUGAGUUUGAAGGAGGAAAUAGAGCAUAAAACUAAGAAUCAUCAAACAUUUAAAAAGCCAGAGCCACUGGAAGGGUUGCCUCCUGAAACGGAGGUUAUUAUUCAAACUUCAGUUCACCCAUCAAGAGGUACAGAAUUCAUUGUUGUGAGCAACACUGACUCUUGCCUGUCACCUGUGAAAAUUAAAAAGAGGAAGAAUUCUAGAUAUUCUGGACUCCUUUGCAGCCAAGGUUCUAGCUAAAUACAUGUUCUACUCACUUCCAUGGAUUCUGAAAGGCAGAUAUGAGGCUAGGUCAUCUGUACAUCAUGACUGAUGCUAGCACUGAUGCAUGCAGUAUUGGAUUUUACAGUGAAACCUCUAGCUCCCUAAAGAAGCAGUUCAUAAAUCUUCAUGCCCUUUCUUCACUUAAACCCCUCUAUAAAAGUGAUCACUCUCUAUCAUCAUAGAUUAAGUUUUACUGUUUUUGAACUUUAAAUAAAUGUGUUAAAUGACUUUAAAUGGAAUAAAACAAUAAACUCUUAUCUUUGAUUCUA